AUGUCCACUCGCUACCACCAAGCUGCUAGUGAUAGCUACCUAGAACUUCUGAAAGAGGCUACCAAGCGAGACCUGAAUCUUUCUGAUGAUGAUGGCAUGACUCCCACUCUGCUGGCAGCCUACCAUGGAAACUUGGAAGCCCUGGAAAUCAUCUGCAGCAGAGGAGGUGACCCGAAUCGAUGUGACAUCUGGGGAAAUACUCCUUUACAUUAUGCAGCCUCCAAUGGCCAUGCCCACUGUGUCUCAUUCUUGGUCAACUUUGGUGCCAACAUCUUUGCCCUAGAUAAUGACUUGCAGUCUCCACUGGAUGCUGCGGCCAGCAGGGAGCAGAAUGAAUGCAUUGCUCUCCUGGAUAAGGCUGCCACUGCCCUGAAUAUCACGAACCCCAGGAAGGUCACCAGGCUGAAGGAACAGGCUCAGAAGAAUGCCAGGAGGCAGAUCAGAGAGUGUGAAAAGCUCCAGGAGAAGCACCAAAAUAAGAUGACCCACACAUUCAGCAAGGAGGACCCCAGGAUGCCUUCCUCCAGGUCAUCCUUUUCAAAUCUUUCUGCUUCCGGUACAUUUGGAUCACUGCCUAAGAGCAUUAAAGACACCCUCCAGUUAAAAUUCAGGAAGAACAAAGACACAGCAGAGCAGGUGGGGAAGGAAGGCAGAAGUGGGCAGAAGAAUGUGAUGGAAGUGUUUAGAGAGGAGGAGGAAGACUCGGGGGAUUUCAAAGAGAAGCUCCAGUUCUCAGCAGAGGAUGACAACGAUGUGCAACAUGAGUCCAUUCUCAAUCGUCCAGGUCUAGGAAGUAUUGUUUUUGGAAGGAACAGAGUAUCAAGCCCAGAAGAUAUCUCUUACAUAAAGAGGGAGUUGGGAUUUAAAAUGUCCAGUGAAUUGCUCCAAAGACAAGGAGCAGCAGAGGCUAAUGAAGCUGAGAUUGAUGAAGAAGAAGAGGAAAAUGGCCUUCAAAGUGAUCUGCCUUGGGAUGAGGAAGAAGUGGAGUGGGAAGAAGAUGUGGUUGAUGCAACUCCCCUGGAAGUGUUCUUGCGGUCCCAGCACCUGGAGGAAUUCCUUCCCAUUUUCAUGAGAGAGCAGAUUGAUCUAGAAGCUCUGUUGCUUUGCUCUGAUGAGGACCUUCAGAACAUACAAAUGCAGCUGGGGCCCAGGAAGAAAGUUCUUAAUGCCAUAGACAAAAGGAAGCAGGUGCUGCAGCAGCCUGGGCAGCUGGUCGACACUAACCUCUGA